AUGGCGUCUCUAUCAGCUGUAUUCACUUCCAACCCCGCCGCGAUCGCCGCGACUUCCGCUUCAGGAGGAGCCACCUGCUUUCCUCGCCCUUCCCGUUCCGCACCAGCUCCUUUCCUGACGAGCUCCGUUCUCCCUCGCCGUCGCACCAUCACAACCGGUCUCAACCGGUCGAGCUUCCCUACCUGGCACGGCUUGCGCGCUCCCACUAGCCUCAGGAGGCCGGGUAUCGUCCCCUUCCCCUCUCUGCUGAGAGCCAGCUUUGGGACCAGGGGAAACGACUUGUACGAUGGCUCCAGCUCCAGACUGCCGUUGCUUGCUGUUGCUGCAGCUGGUGAUGCUGGUGGUGGGAACUGGGGUGGAACAGGAGAGAGUGAAGGAGCAACGGGAGAGUCAGAGGCAGUUGGGGAGUUGGGGGAGAGUGGAACGAUCAGGGAGGAGCAGCCGAGGGAGGAGGAGCAGACAGGAGAGCAGGCAGCAGCUGAGGUGCCUCCUGUUGCUUCUGAUCAACCCAAUCAACGGCUCACAGCACAUCUGGAUCUGAGUGAGGUGAAGCGGCAGCUGCAACGGUCGAACGAACGGACAGCAGAGAGCCUGAAGCACCUGAGGAGUCGCCUGCACGCGUCCAACGAGUGGACGGCGAAGCACCUGAAGAAAUCAAACCAACAGACCAGGGAGAACCUGAAGCACCUGAGGAAUCGCCUGCACGCGUCCAACGAGUGGACUCUAAGCCAUCUCAAGAAGGGACACCAGUGGAUGUCUGAGCACCUGAGGGAGUCGAAUGAACGGACCAUGGAGCAUCUGAAGGCGUCGAAUGAACGGACACGGGAGCAGCUGCAGCAUCUGAUUCACUCCGAGCAACUGCACCAUCUGGAGGAGCAUCUUGACGUGAUAGGUAAAAUCCCCCAGGGUCUGAGGGGUAGAUUCAUUCGCAAUGGCCCCAACCCGCAGCUGCCUCCCUCCAGCCCCGCUCUCUACCACUGGUUCGACGGGGACGGCAUGGUACACUCAGUGAACUUUCACCCCCCUGAGAAGAACUUUCACCCCGAUGGAGAGAACUUUCACUCAUCUCGAGUGAGCUACGGGCGGCGCUACAUCCGAACGACAGGCUGGCAGGAGGAACGGGCGGCGGGGCGGGCGUUAUUUGGAGGGUUGCAGCAGGUGGGGCUAGGGGCGAAUCAUCUGCUGCUGGCUGCAAUGAACCUUCUCGGGCUGAGACAGCAGGACGCACCCAUGUGGAACAUGACCAAGAACGUGUCCAACAACCAUUUCAUUCAGCACGCCGGGCGCCUCCUCUCCCUCUGGGAAGCAGGCCUGCCAUACUCCCUCGACCCCUCAACGCUCCACACCAAGGGCGUCCACUCAUUUGACGACACGUGGCGCAGUGGAAUGACAGCUCACCCGAAAGUGGAUCCGGUCACAAACCACAUGAUGAUCUAUGGAUACAACUUGACGCACAAGCCCUACCUCCGCUACGGGGUGGUUGACCCCUCUGGCUCCCUCGUUCACGCCACAGACCUCGACCUGCCACACCCUGUCAUGAUGCAUGAUUUCGCCAUAACAGAGCACUACAGCAUAUUCCUCGACUUCCCGCUUCGCUUCCAGCUAGACAAAGUCAUUCAGUCGCACGGCAAGGCCAAGCCCUUCGUCUUCGACCCUUCCAAGCCUUCCUGCAUUGGAAUCCUCCCGCGUUUUGGCUCAAAUCCAGACAUGCGCUGGUUCACUGUGGAGCCAGGGUUCUGUCUUCAUGUGGUAAACGCAUUUGAAGAACCCUCCUCCCCGGACUCUUCCUCCUCCACCUCUCCAACCUUUUCCUCCUCUCCCUCAUCACCCGCCAUCGUCCUACGUGUCAUCCGCUUCCCCGCCUUCUCAGCGCUGGGCCUUGCUGAGCUGGCAGAUGAGCUGGCAUGCGAUGAGGUGGCACGAUUGUACGAGUACCGGCUGGACCUUCAAUCGGGAGCAGUAGAGGAACGCUUCGUGUGCAAGGUGUGCUGCGACUUCCCUUCCAUCAACCCCAAUUUCACGGGCCGCCUCCAUCGAUUCGCUUACUCUGCCCGAUUCACAGCACAGCCAGGCCCUGGCACCACCGUCCCAUCAUUCAAUGCCAUCAUGAAGCAUGAUUUUGCAGAAGGCACGUAUCAAGUGCAUACGCUCCCACCCGGGAGAUUCUGUGGGGAGCCUGUGUUUGCUCCACGCCACCACUUCCAGGGCAGCAGCAGGUCGCAGAGCGGUGAAGCGCGGUCAGAUGAAGUUGGAAUGGGUAGAGAUGUGGUGGGACUGGGUGCUGAUGCGGUUGGGAUGGAUGCUGAGGAGGAGGAUGAUGGGUGGGUGUUGGCACAUGUAUGGAAUGAGGAGGAGAUGAAGAGUGAAGUGAUUGUGCUGGAUGCAAUGAAUCUGGACAAGCAGCCGCUGGCUCGGGUCAUCCUGCCCAAGAGAGUACCGUACGGCUUCCAUGGGACGUUUCUUCCCGACUGA